AGGCAAGAAGUUUCUGCUUUCUGCAUUUUAUUUUAGACACGUGUGUUGUGUUCAAAUUGGCAGUACAAGGAGAUAGUUGAGAUGGAAUGAAGGAAGAAACAACUGCCGAAGACACCUCGUAAGUCGGAGAACCUGGGUAUCGUUCAAGAAUUAUUUGGAUAGAGAGAUCGGAGAAGUUUCGAAGGAGAUUAAAUAUUGUAUAAUAGAUUUUGUACGUAAUCUAAAAUCGUUAGUAAGUAAGCUAUGGCGACUUUUUACCAAGAAAUCAAGUACUUGUCGUUGGAGAAUGCUGAAUACCUUGUGGGGAAAUUCGAAGGAACGGGCUUGAACGAAGUGUAUUCGUUCACAGAGCAAUGCGAGUCGGUGUUCUCGCAAGUUGAACCGGAGAAUCACGAGGAACUAUUCAAAAUAAUCAAAGACAGGUUGCAUUGGAUGAUCUGCAACAUCAACGUCUCCACUUGGGAUGAUUUAAAGCAACUACUGGAAGAGGCUUUUACGCCCCCGACAGAUAUCAGCAAAUGGCAGUACAUUCUAAUAUCUUCCAGUCAGACAUGUAACGAGAACGUGACGAUGUACGCGAACAGAUUCUCGAUCAUCUAUAACUACCUGCUGCAUUCGUGCACCUACGAUAAGUCGGCGGAAGUGUUACGCGAACUGUCGUCUAUGCUGAAAAUUCAGGCCAUAAACGUCUUCACGAACGGUUUGAGAGAACCGCUGAAGAAAUAUUUGAACGUGCACAGGCCGGACUCACUCGAAUGCGCCAUCAAUCUGGCUUUAGCCGAAGAGGAUUUUCACUUACCUCACGCGUACGUUGCUCACAUGCGUUGCUAUUUCUGCAAACUCAACGGUCACUUGGCCAAGUAUUGCGUGAAGAAUCCACGUUUGCGUGUCUUCUGCACGUUCUGCAAUGAAUUCGGACACACGGCGAAGGAUUGCAUGAGGAAGAUAUUGCUGAACAACGAGAUCGUACCGUUCGUGCCUGCUGCACACAAUCAGCCGACGGUCGAGAUACUGUGCACCCUCUGCUGCGAUAAUCCCAUCGACACAGCGAUCUACAAAUGCGGACACAUGUUCAUGUGCCAUAAGUGCGCCAACACGCAAGGAAUCUACGACAACACUGGAAAAUGUCCCAUCUGCAGGGCAACAAUCACCGAGGUCAUCAAAGUAUACAAAUAAAUCUCCAUUCAAAAACAUUAAAUUUUAAUCAAAAUGUGAUAUUGUUAUGUAAAUUGAACACAAAUUGUAUUGUAUAUACAUAUAUGAAGAGGUUUUUUAAUAUGUUGCGACUGUUUUUUGUCCCUCUGUAUUCUUUAUAGCAGAGGAAAUGUUUUGUUUUAAUUGAAAUUUCAAAUGUAAGCAGGUAAAAUGUUUAUGAACUUUUCUUGACUAUUUGAGUCUAUUCUGCGUCGUGAAAUAGAUUGAGGUUUUAGCAGAAA